UCCCAGCAGCCACAGGUAACCUCGAUCCUUUCUUUCCCCAGCUGGCCGGAGGCGUGAUCCUGGGUGUGGCCCUGUGGCUCCGCCAUGACCCGCAGACCACCAACCUCCUCUACCUGGAGCUCGGCGACAGGCCCGCACCCAACACCUUCUACGUAGGCAUCUACAUUCUCAUCGCCGUGGGCGCCGUGAUGAUGUUUGUGGGGUUCCUGGGCUGCUACGGGGCCAUCCAGGAGUCCCAGUGCCUGCUGGGCACGUUCUUCACCUGCCUGGUGAUCCUCUUUGCCUGUGAAGUGGCUGCCGGCAUCUGGGGCUUUGUCAACAAGGACCAGAUCGCCAAGGACGUGAAGCAGUUCUACGACCAGGCCUUGCAGCAGGCCUUGGUGGACGACGAGGCCAACAACGCUAAGGCCGUGGUGAAGACCUUCCAUGAGACGCUCAACUGCUGCGGCUCCAACACCCUGACGUCACUGACCACGUCCGUGCUCAUGAACAACCUGUGUCCCUCGGGCAGCACCGUCAUUGGCAACCUGCUUAAGGAGGACUGCCACCAGAAGAUCGAUGACCUCUUCUCGGGGAAGCUGUACCUCAUCGGCAUCGCGGCCAUCGUGGUGGCUGUGAUCAUGAUCUUCGAGAUGAUCCUGAGCAUGGUGCUCUGCUGUGGCAUCCGGAACAGCUCCGUGUACUGAGGCUCUGGCUGGGGGGCCCCUGCGGUGCCCCAGAGCAACCUGGACACUUCGGGGAGGGCAUAUAACCACCUGUGUAUAGACUUUUCUGGUAUUACUCUGCUACACUUCUUAGCCUUUUUACUUUUGAGAUUUGUUUUUGUCCUGAAGUUCCCCAUUACCUUUUAGGGCUGAUGACACCUGUAGGUGGCGUGCAGGUGGCCCUUGGGGACUGCAGGGCAGGGGCCCCCUCUGCUCUGGGGCCAUUUUGGGGCUCUGCCUGCUCAGCCGGCACUCUCCAGGGGGCCAAGAUGGCUCGCCCGUUGCAGCUGCGCCCUCCCUCCCCCCCACCCGCCCGUCCCCGUCCCCAUGGGCUGCUCAGCUCACGCCUUUUUUAAUCCUUGUUCCUCUCCCGCCACCUGUCUCUAGAGCUGGGUCUACGAACAGCCUUACGCCUUCGAUGCACCUGUCCUUUCUAACGCGUCACUUUCAAUCGCAAUUACACUUUGAAAGUCAUUCAAUAAAGAAGGAAAAACCAGGCAUGCUAA